CUGCCAUAGAUUUAUAACCUUCGUUCCUAUAACACGUCGCCACUUUAUCGCUGACAUGAUUGGAACUAAAUAUCGCGAUCGUGGAAGAGGUGCCGUCAACAUGUCCUCAAGAAACAUUUCUUCAGAGCGUCGCUCGAAGUCCAUACUCGAUAGAAAAAAGCCCGUAUCCGCAGGAACGUUGCCGCAAAAGACGCGAUCUUCGAAGGACGAGGCCGCUGUAAAAAGUUGCGCGACAAAAUCACGAGGUCUUCGCGGGCGGCGGCUUCUUUCGCAGAGAGAAAAUAAAAUGUUGCGCGACGACGUGAAACACAAGGUUCACUUGUCCGACGAGACCAGCGUCGCCAGCGCGAGCAACAAUGAUCCGAUUUACAUUUUACGGAAAGAGAUACACGACUGGAGGGUAUCCGGGCAAUUAACGGACAGAUUUGAGCGCGAUUGUCGUCUUACCGAAGACGAAACGGAGAAGAGUUCUGUUCAAGAAAACUGUGAAACAGUCGUCAAGGAUUUACCGGAUCCAGAUGUUCUCCACGAAUUACCGAGUUCUACUGCCAUUGAUCAUUUAACGCGGCGAAC